UCCCGUACGAGUACGUGGCACGGAGGCAGCGCCUGGCCACAGCCGCAAGGCGGCGGCCGGCCUCCGAGCUCCCCCCUCGCCCUCCGUGCGCUCCCUUGCGGCGGUCGCCCGCCGCCCGUCCUGCAUCCUCACCAGUGAGCAUCCAUCCAUCCAGCCACAUCCUCUUUCUCAUCUCUCUCUAUAUCCACGCACUUCUUUUUUUUUUUCCUUCUUGUGUCUCUUGUGGAAUUUGCAUCAUGAACCCUAGCCCCUGUUAUAGAUGGUUUGGUAGUUUGGUGAACGGGACGAUUUCCUUUCAUGGAGAUACUUAGCAGUAAGGGUUUUUGCUUUAGCUUGAUGGACAUCUACGGAAGCAGAGCACAUAAAUUAGUGAAGGUAGGAUCCCAACCUCGACAAAUUGCCUGGCGAGCAUCAAGAAUUUGCUGUGAGCACUCUCCUGAUACUUCCAGCAAUAGAUAUGGUAGGUAUCAAAAACAACCACAAAAUGUUGAUCUCCCAGAAUUGCACCCAAAGAAGAAAAAGAAGCCAUUUCCUGUCCCAAUUAAAAAGAUGGUGCAAGCUUCUCGGCGAGAUAAAAGGCUUGCACGAAUGCGAAUAGAGAAGCCCCUUGAGCCCCCAAAGAAUGGUUUACUCGUUCCAGAGCUUAUUCCUGUAGCUUAUGAGGUCCUUGAUAACUGGAAGGUGCUCAUAAGAGGUCUUUCUCAACUGUUGAAUACAGUUACAGUGUAUGGGUGCAGAAAAUGCCCUCAAGUCCAUGUUGGUCCGAUUGGCCACCAGAUUCAAGAUUGCUAUGGAACAGGAAGCCAGCAUCGGAAUAGUCAUCAUUCUUGGGUCAGAGGAUCAAUCAACGAUAUUCUCAUCCCAAUUGAAUCUUAUCAUCUAUUUGACCCAUUUGGGUGGAGAGUCAAGCAUGAUACCAGGUUUAACUAUGAUCGGAUUCCAGCCAUCGUUGAGCUAUGCAUUCAAGCUGGUGUUGACUUGCCACAAUAUCCCUCGAGGCGACGAACCGCUCCUGUCCGGAUGAUUGGCAAGAAAGUGAUCGACCGUGGUGGAUUUGUUGAUGAGCCUAAGCCACACCACGCACAAGACUGCACAUCCCUGCUUGCUGAGCUUGACACAUUUAGCAACCAACAAGGGCAGCAACCCACGCCGUCCAAUGUGACAGAGCUCGCGGAGAAGACACUGAAAACAUACCUAGAUCUCCGGCGAGGUGUCAAGCAGCUGAUGAGGAAAUACACAGUGAAAACAUGCGGAUAUUGCUCUGAGGUUCACGUUGGCCCAUGGGGCCACAAUGUGAAGCUCUGUGGAGCUUUCAAGCACCAAUGGCGAGAUGGCAAGCAUGGAUGGCAAGAUGCAGUGCUAGACGAUGUCAUCCCACCAAACUAUGUGUGGCAUGUCCGCGACCCCGCUGGCCCCCCUCUCAGAUCCUCCCUGAGGAGCUUCUACGGCAAAGCUCCGGCCAUUGUUGAGCUGUGCGUGCAGGCUGGAGCCAAGAUACCUGAAGAGUACCGGCCGAUGAUGAGAGACGAUGUCGUCAUCCCAGACUCAGAAGAAGCUAGGAUGGCUGCAUGACCACAGUAUCCUACCCAAGAGUCCAGAUCCCAACCAAAGGUUGUGUAAUAGUAUAAUGGUAUGGCUGAACCAUGAUCAACCAGAAUUUUCAAACAGAUCGAUUCAUAUAUGUGGUAAAGUAAUCAUCAGACCAAAAGGUUAAACGCAUGAACCGAGGAUGCGCCGGCGACAAUGCUGAAAGUGAGAAAGGGUGGCCAAUGGAACAUGUAUGAUGUACAUGCCCGUUCUUGUUUAAUGGUUAAUGGCUGCAGGCUGCUUUAUUCUUGGCCUAUGCUAGACUGUGAGGCACUUCCAGUGGCUCCAUUACUUGGCCAUACAGAUGGCCUCCCCUUUGUCUGCUGGUACUAUGCUUAAUUGUCAGCUGAUUCCUUGGAUUAAACUAAUCACGGCGAUUUGUUCGGGUAUUUGUGCGCUUGGCUGUAAUUAAUCAUGGACUUGGAAAGCUAUGCACUUGUGCCCGUCUCCAGAUCACUUCGGGGGUAUGGCUACAGUAGCAAGUGUCCGAUUAUCAUAAGCUACUUGUACCGUGUACUACUCUGUAACACGAACUCUGAAGCUACUCGGUAUUAGUGUACUAUUGUUCAUGUAAUGUUGAUCUAUAUACAUCAUAUGGAUGGUGAGAAGCCAUGGAUAACCUUUUUUUCAAUAAUGUGAGUGGUGAUUCCAUGUUCUUCCGAGAAGUAAAUUACACCAACCCUGAAUCAUUUGCAAAGGGAGAAAAG